UAUAAAAAUACCACACACUUAUCUUUUCUGCAAAAUUUUCCAUGGCAUUAUAGUUAAUGAAACUGUUGUGCAACGAUUUUUCGAUCCUUUAUUUAAAGUCAAGUCUCCCUCCAAACAAGCCCCAAACUUUUAAAACAUCAUAACAACCAUGUUUCUCAUCUUCAUGAGUCACUCUCUUUACAUCAUUGUGUUCUUAUCUCUCCCCAUCACCUUCCCAACAUGCCUUCCAGCCAGAGUAAUGCCGGAACACACAACAAUAGAGAAACGGUUAAGCACACUUGAUCACUCUGCACAAAACUCCAACGCCAAGUGGGAAAUCAUCGGCAAUUACCGCGUGAGAUUCCUCAAUGCAAAUAUAGGAAGUCACGUCAUCGGAUUGUCGGAGCUAAAGAAUUAUCUUCAUCGUUUUGGUUAUCUGCGACGAGAGGAAAAUGUAACGUUCAACGAGGAAUUUGAUGACGAGUUUGAAUCUGCUAUUGUUCAAUUUCAAUCGAACCACGGUCUUUCAGUUACAGGGAAGCUCGAUUUAGACACGAUUUCUCAAAUCGAAGAGCCGAGAUGUGGUGUGGCCGAUGCUAUCAGUAGUAGUGGGAGUAGGCGUAGUUUUACGUUGCAUGGGACAAAACGGUACGAAUACUUUCUGGGAAAACCCCGUUGGACGCGUCGAAUGCCGAUGACUCUCACGUACGCUUUCUCGCCAGACUAUAUGAUCCGGUACUUGAGCUUUUCAGACAUAAGAGCCGUGUUUAAACGCGCUUUUUCUCGGUGGUCGUCAGUGAUUCCCGUUUGUUUCUCUGAGACGGAAGACUAUGUCUACGCUGACAUUAAGAUAGGGUUCUACAGCGGCGAUCAUGGUGACUCUGAGCCAUUUGAUGGGGUGCUUGGGGUACUAGCUCACUCGUUUUCUCCGGAAAGUGGGAAGUUCCACCUUGAUGCUUCGGAAAGGUGGGCAGUGGACUUCGGAUCGGAGAAAUCAACUGUUGCGAUCGAUUUGGAAUCGGUGGCAACUCAUGAGAUCGGACAUUUGCUUGGAUUGACUCAUACUUCGGUUAAGGAUGCUGUUAUGUAUCCAAGUUUGAAGCCUAGAGAGAAGAAAGUAGAUUUGCAGCUUGACGACAUACAAGGAGUUCAAGCUCUUUACGGAUCAAACCCUAACUUUACCAUUAAUUCUUUAUUGGAAUCGGAUAUCUCUACAAAUCAGGCUUUUGAUUUCAGAAUUUGUACGACACAAUUCUUCUACAUUUUUGUUUUCAAGAUUUUGUCGUUAUUAUUAUGAGUAUAAUAUUGUCAAUAGAGAGAGGUAUACUUGUGUAUAUAUAUAGGGGUCGGGUUAAAACUGUUUUUGGUAAAAAGCGUGUCUUAUUUCCUUGAUAAAUAUAAAUGUAUAU